ACCCCCCAUGCCGGCAUCCCUCUGUCCCUGCUCCUGUUUCCCACUGCAGUCGGUCAAAAGAAUUGAAUUUCAAUAGUUACAUUGUCCCUGUUAUGAGCUUUGUGCCGCUUCUCUUUUCCUCCGCCCUCCUUCUCACUUCUUAUCCAUCUCUGCCUGCCAGUCUUAGGCUUUCUCUCCCCUCCCUCGCUCCCUCAGUUUCCUCCAUCUCUCCAUCUCAAUGCGCCACAGCUCCUCCCUCCACCUUGCACAGCGUCGACUCCUCCCUCUCCAUCUUUCUUUCCUCACUCACUCACGCUCCAUCUCUCGCUCUGCUGGGUAUGGCAUGUAUGUGAGCGGGUGCACUCCUGUUUACAUGCAUGCCUGGGACAGACUCUCACGCAUUCUGGGGACUGUAGCUGCUUGUGCUCCACACUCUGAGAAAUUUCUGGACCCCCUUGCUUGCUUUGAGGAAUUGUGUGCCGUUUUUGUUUUCCCUCUCACUCAUGAAAUUCUUCAAAGGCCUCUUGUGUGCCACCCUGCCACUCUGGAGCGAUUCGGAUCUAAGCUGCACUCUGGCAGAAUGGAAUUGGCAAAUUUAGACUCCACCGCAUGACGUUUCUGGUUACCAUCAAAAUGGUGGCCAGAGAGGCAAGUGGGCACAGCUACCUGGUGGCGUGCUGGCAGCCCAUUCUCAUCCUGAUGCUGGGUACCGUGCUGUCCGGUUCUGCCACUGGCUGCCCCUCUCGAUGCGAGUGCAGUGCCCAAGAGCGCUCAGUUGUGUGCCAUCGGCGGAAGCUGAUCGCCCUCCCCGAGGGAAUUCCCACUGACACACGGCUGUUAGAUCUCAGCAAAAACCGUUUGAAAGCCAUCAACCCGGAGGAAUUCCUCAACUAUCAACACCUGGAAGAGCUACAGCUCAACGAGAACAUCAUUUCCGUCAUUGAACCAGGAGCCUUCAGCAACCUCCUUGGUUUGCGAAUACUGGGGCUACGCAACAACAAGCUGAAGUUGAUUCAGCUGGGUGUUUUCACUGGCCUCAGUAACCUCACUCGAUUAGAUAUUAGUGAGAAUAAAAUUGUCAUUUUGUUGGACAACAUGUUUCAAGAUCUCUACAACCUGAAAGAACUGGAGGUGGGGGACAACGACCUGGUGUUCAUCUCUCACAGAGCUUUUCAUGGCCUCAGCAGCCUAGAGCAACUUACUAUGGAAAGAUGCAACGUGACCUCUGUGCCAACAGAGGCUUUCAGUCAUCUUCACAACCUGCUGACCCUCAGGCUGCGGCAUCUAAACAUCAACAUCAUUCGAGACUUUUCCUUCAGGAGGCUCUAUCGACUCAAAGUCUUAGAGAUAGCAAACUGGCCACUUUUAGAAACCUUGACCACAAAGUCCCUCCAUGGACUUAACAUCACAACCUUGAGCAUCACAAACUGCAAUCUCACUGCCGUCCCUUAUGAGGCCAUACAGCACCUGGUGUACCUUCGCUUUUUCAACCUGUCCUUCAAUCCGAUCGAGGUUGUGGAGGGCAACAAAAUGCACAAUUUGCUGAGGCUCCAGGCAUUUCACUUGGUUGGGGGCCGGCUAGUCAGCAUUGAGCCUUAUUCCUUCAGAGGACUCAACUACCUUCGGGUUCUCAAUGUUUCCAGCAAUAGUCUAAGCACUUUAGAGGAAUCUGCCUUUCACUCUGUCGGCAACCUGGAGACACUGGCUCUUCACGACAACCCCCUGGCAUGCGACUGUCGUCUCCUCUGGGUCUUUCGCCGUCGAUGGCGACUUAACUUCAACCGCCAGCAGCCAUCUUGUGAAUCACCAGAGUUUUUGCAGGGUAAAGAAUUCAAAGACUUCCCGGAUGUUCUCCCACCAAAUUAUUUCACCUGUCAGAAAUCCAAGGUCCGGGAUCACAAAGCCAUUCAUAGAUUUGUGGAUGAGGGGACCACUGUCCAAUUCCCUUGCCAAGCAGAUGGAGACCCCGCUCCUAUGAUUAUGUGGCAGUCUCCAAAAAAGCAAUUCAUCACUACUAAAAGCAUUGGCCGGCUGUCGGUGUCUCCAGAUGGCACCCUCGAGGUUAGAUACGCCCAAAUACAAGACAAUGGCACAUACACCUGCAUUGCCGUCAAUGCAGGAGGAAACGACACCCGUUUGGCUCACCUACACGUUCAUAGCUACUCUCCCAAUUGGCCCCAUCAGCCCAAUAAGACCUUUGCCUUCAUCUCGAACCUGCCCAAUGAUAACAGUGCCAAUGGAACUGGUGCGACGAAUCCCUUUCCCUUUGAUAUGAAGACUCUCAUUAUCGCUACCACCAUGGGGUUUAUCUCUUUCCUCGGAGUGGUGCUGUUCUGUCUGGUGCUCUUGUUCCUCUGGAGCCGAGGGAAAGGCAAUGCCAAGCCAAACAUUGAGAUUGAGUAUGUGCCACGGAAAGUAGAUGGAGAAAACAGCCCGACUGAGGGAUCUCACAAGAUCAGUAUGAAGAUGAUUUAAAAGACUAAUUGCCAUUGUGUGUGCAUUACGUGAAUAGGUGUUCUUGACAACCGACUAACCUUGAGAUAGGAAUAAGGAAGUAAUCUUGGAACCCCUUGCAGAAUUGUGAAAAGAACAAUGUUCCAGGAAAAAUCCUUUUACAUUUUUUAUUUAUAGACUGUACAGAUCAAUCACACAGGGAUUGUGUCCUCAGAGGGAAAACAGACAGGCCAUUUGAGGCUUUCAAAAAUCUGUGUACUUGUUUGGGUAAGUGCUGAAAACAUAGUCCUGUGGAAAUUUGUGUGGAAGCCAGAAUCAAGAGGUUUUGUCUUCUUUUCUGUACAUAACUAUUUCGAUGUACAUUGGGCAAUACAGUGGUUGAAUGCAGCCAAUCAGAGGUUAUGGGUUGUUGAGCCUACUGGAGUGCAUGUGCAAUAUCUAGAUACAUGCAAAGUGUAUAGGUCUACAUAAAUCACUGUAAAUGUCCAUUACCAACUCUUUAUAAGAGUUCAAUUUGUUUAAAAUGAUUUAUUGAUUAGGCUUGACAAUCAUUAAUAUCUCAAAGGUCAAGUAUUAAUCAUGAAAUAUGGUUUGAUGGUGCGAUUUCAAUUUUGACAGCUUACAUAGUAUCAUAAAGCCAGAUGUAGCUUUGAAUUUAAAGCCAUUUGCUUUGACUGAACAUAUGACAAAACUAUUGGACCUGUGGUUAUACUUACACUAAACUACUAUUCCAUCUGACAGAUCUGUUUAUUUUAUUUAUUUACUGGUGAAAAGUUUACAAUUUUAUUGAUUUAGUCUUCAAAAUGUCGUCAGUUUGCCAUUCUUUGAUGCAUUUUCUACCACUCUCACAAGGCAGGAGUUACUCGGUAGGUAAAUGUGUUCUACAACCCUUGAAACACUUACAGUGCUGAUUUUGGGACAAUGGAUGGCUGUAAAACAUAUUAAAAUGACAAGCUUUUAUACUUCAA